AGUUCAGCGACACAGUAGAAUUACGUCAACGAACGGGCACUCGUCGUACGCAUCGUAUUCAGCUUCUUGGAUUAUCGUGGUUUUGAAGAUGCCUCCUAAAGCAAGUGGCAAGGCAGCGAAGAAGGCCGGAAAGGCACAGAAGAACAUUUCGAAGGGCGACAAGAAAAAGAAGCGCAAGAGGAAGGAGAGUUAUGCUAUCUAUAUCUACAAAGUUUUGAAGCAGGUCCACCCCGACACUGGUAUUUCAAGCAAAGCCAUGAGCAUCAUGAAUAGCUUCGUCAACGACAUUUUCGAGCGCAUUGCUGCCGAAUCAUCACGUCUCGCUCACUACAACAAACGCUCGACGAUAACUUCUCGGGAGAUUCAAACUGCUGUCAGACUUCUACUUCCUGGAGAACUCGCCAAGCACGCUGUCAGUGAAGGUACCAAGGCGGUCACCAAAUACACCAGCUCCAAAUAAUUUGACUCUUUGAUACAAACAAAAACAGGCCCUUUUCAGGGCCACCACUUACAUCCUACGAAAGAUCGAAAUCUGAACAAUAAACAAGUGUAUACUGCUCAAACAUUAUUAAAAAUUCAACGUAAUUUGUUAAAUAUAUGAAUUUAGAGUUCAAUUUAUCACACUGCAACAGUCGUUUAAUAAUCUAACAUAUCGAAUAUCUUCCACUUUUCUUCGUUCCUACUAGAUUUUACUAAUUUCAAAACGAUUCUAAUUUACAAAUAUAUCUACAAUAUGUUCAACUUGUAUAAAUAUACUUAUAUUGGAGGUCAAGAGUUCCUUGUUAACAUGUUUAACUUAUUACUGUUCAAAAUAUCGCUCCCAGUGAAUUACUAAAGAAACUGCCUACAGCAACUCCUGCGUACACACCUAAUCAAAAUGUAGCCGAACUUGUGUAACCUAUAAACAGUAGGACUCGUUUUAGUCUUUAAAGGCUCUAUUUACUUUUGUUAAAAAUUGUCACUUGACCGUUAACAAUUGUAAUAAUUUUUUCUGCACUAAAAAUUGUGAUGUGAUGGAAGAAUUUCAAAAGCCGGGUGAUUCCCAUCACUGACACUUCAUCGCCCUCAGCGGUAGAAGUCGCAGAAGUUGUAUAAUAUAAACUGCUGGAAAUGUACAAAUAUUUUUGCAACCAAAAAUUCAGGCGUGUUUUCACUGUUACUGUUAGUACGUUGUGGGAACUAAUAGCAAACCGCUGUACGCUACAUAACACUGCCGGGAUUUUGGAAUAAUCAAUUGUCACCAAUUUAUGAAUAGGGGUCGGCCGAUACAUCUCCAGCCAGAGAUGUAUGCAGAAUGCAACAUGAUAGAAUGUUAUAACGAGGUCUGAAAAGAGAGUUGGCUACUCAUUUGUUCUGAGCAUAAAACUGGAAUGCGGACGAAACAUACUUUUUCCCGUAGAACUGCGAAGGCAGCGUGAUGCAAACGAUAAUUGAUUAUGCGGCACAGAACGAUUAACGUACUGAACGGAUUGUACCUUCUCAGAAGGCGAAUAACCGCUUUUGUCCCCUUCCAGUAGCAGCUGCAGCUAUCGCUGCUUUAGUGAUGAAUACCAUGAGUAGGGAAAGGUACAGUCCGUCCAAAAAGAAGAUCGCGUCGCUGCACGUCCGUCCACAUUCUGUAUUUUAUGAUUUGAACAUUUUUUGCGAACGUAUACUAGGUAUAUCGUUUUUUUGAGACUCAAAUAAGAAGUGUAAUACACGUUUUCGUCCUGUUUGCAGUACCUGCAUUCACACAUGAGUGACCGUUGAUCACGAUAUAGUAAAGGAUUGCAGUUGUAAGUUUUUUUUUCUCAGAUCUUGGGACUCAAGAUCACCUGUCACUUAGUUUAUCAUGGGAAAGCACUUGAAUUUUGUAAGAUUUUCAUACCUACAUUAUGAUGUAUCUCGCAGCUGGGGGAAAUAUAAUUGUUAGUCAAACAUAUUUUCAUUAGGAUAAUUUAUAAAAUAAAAUCUUUCAUAAAGGAAAUAAGAGAAAAAAUAAAUGAAAUGUUUAAUAAACUUUAUUAUAAAACAAUAUUACAUAGUUUCGAAACAAUAAUUAUUACAUUAAAUUGAAAUACAAUUAGACAAUUCUAAAAUCUUGUUUGUCUAUCUUAUAUAUGUAGUAACAUAACAGUAGUAAUAAAAUUCUCCAAUCACAGAUAUCUGCAGGGUGAGCCACUUCUUUGCACUCACCCGACUGUAUCAAAGUUCACUAGAAUUCACGAUAAUUUUACAUGUAAAUUAAAGAUAAUUAUAUCAGUUCUUAGACCGCUUCUUUUGAAUUUCAAUGAAAAUAUUUUCGAAGUUUCUCCUCCGCCAUGGGCAGCCUUAUUCUCUACAUCUUAAAUAGCAACG